AUGGAAGCUCUUAGCUUCUUUGUGGUGUUAUCAUCCUUGUUGCUUCUCCUAAUUAGUACACAAUCAAGCUCAGCUCAACUUACUUAUGGCUUCUACCGUAACACAUGCCCCAAUGUGGAACAGUUGGUUCGCUCUGCCGUUCAACAAAAGUUCCAAGAGACCUUUGUGACUGCUCCUUCCACUCUUAGACUCUUCUUCCAUGAUUGCUUUGUGAGGGGUUGUGAUGCUUCGAUUUUGCUUUCAUCUCCAAAUAAUAAAGCAGAGAAAGAUCAUCCUGAUGACAUUUCACUUGCUGGGGAUGGCUUUGACACAGUGGUUAGGGCCAAGGCAGCUAUUGAUAGUGACCCUCAAUGCAGAAACAAAGUCUCUUGUGCUGAUAUACUUGCUCUGGCUACUAGGGAUGUGAUACGUUUGACUGGGGGACCAUGGUAUGAAGUUGAAUUGGGAAGGCGUGAUGGGAGAAUAUCUACUAUUGCAAGUGUUCAACGCCGUCUUCCUCGCCCUGACUUCAAUUUGGAUCAACUUAAUUCUAUGUUUAGCUUUAAUGGUCUCUCCCAAACGGAUAUGAUUGCAUUAUCAGGUGCACAUACAAUUGGAUUCUCUCAUUGCAGUCGUUUCUCACACCGAAUUUACAAUUUUAGCCCCAAAAGGCUGAUUGACCCAACACUGAAUUGGCAAUAUGCUUUGGAACUUAGAGAGGCUUGCCCUCUAAGAGUUGAUCCUAGAAUUGCCAUAAACAUGGACCCUGUCACACCUCAAACGUUUGACAACCAAUACUUCAAGAAUCUAGAUAAUGGAAUGGGUCUCUUCACUUCUGAUCAGGUGCUGGCUAAUGAUGCAAGGUCAAGGGACACAGUCAAAUUAUUUGCAUCAAGUGAAAGAGCAUUUAAUGAUGCUUUUGUUGAAGCUAUAACCAAGAUGGGAAGGAUAGGUGUUAAAACAGGAGAUCAGGGUGAAAUAAGAUUUGAUUGCAGUAGGGUGAACUAA